AAAUGAGUUCGAACAGUUGGUUCUAAGGUGAGUUCGAACUAUUGUUUUGGUGUAGACGGAAGCCGCAGUUGUAAACAAAUGUUGAGCAGACCCGGGGCUCUCUGGCCCUACUAUGACGCCCAUAUUUUCGCCCCCUCAACCAACAACCACAACGCCCAUAUUUUGUUGAUUUCAAUUAAUACCUGUAAAUUAUAGUGGUUUCAUUGCAAGAAAUGGCAGAAGACUUUGUUAAUUUCGACGAGGAAGGCGUAUUUGAGAGUGAAAGAUUAUCAGCAUCUGCUGUCCGCACACUAGAUGGUGAGUCACUAGUUGAUAUAAAAUAUGAGAAGGAUAACUUGGGAGUUAAUUGCCAGAAGACACAGGCUGCUGGAGACCAUAGUUUUGUUUCCAAUGCUGAUGAUAUGUUAACAGCUAGUACCGGUGAGCACGGUGAGGUGAAUGUCAUGGAUGAGAAAGAAGGUAUGUUAGCAAGUGGUGUCCCCGAUCUGGUCAAACUGCCAACAUUAGAGGUCACAAUAAAGCAUACAGGUUCUUCUCACGUCCAAAAUGUCGAAGACACAAGAGUUGCUGUGUAUAAGCCUGCAUCAUCUCAGGAGCAAAUUGUUCUUAAUGUAGAGGAGAAGCAGACUAAAAUUCAUCAGGACCUGAAUGAGAUAAUACUGUUGGAAGAUGGCAAUAAUGUUGUGAAUUUGCAGAAAUCCGUCAUUGAUGAAUACAGAAGAAAAACUGAAUAUUAUGGCCCUCUGAAAGCAGUGGUUGAAAGAGUUACAGUGGAGCUUGAAGGGAAGGACAGAGAGAUAAUGAGAACGAAGUUAAUGCAAGUCAAAUUUGUAUCAAGAGAUGCCUCGGGGCAAGAGCUGAAAGGAGAAGAGUUAUUGCAAGCAAUAGCUAAAAUUCCAGGCCUUAUUCCACCAUGUGAUCCCCCAAAAGAAGAUGGUGGAAUAAGUGUCACAGGAGAAAGUCAAGGUAUUAAUGGGGGCGAGGUGGUGUCAAUCAGUUUUAGCGAUGGUGAAAAUAUUAGCAUUAGCAAAAAGGCAAUAGAACAAUAUAGAAAGCUUUCUCGUGUAACAAAGCCUCUUGGAGCUCAGAGAGAAAGGACCUUUGAAAUUCAAGGGGAGGAUAGGAUUCCUGUAACUAUUGUGCGCUUAUUCCCCACAGAAAAUAUUGAACCUUUGUUACCCUUGUGCAUAAAAGAUGAAACUCCUUUGGAAGUCAAACCACCAGUAAUAAAAAGAGGGAGACCACGAGGACGGGGAAGAGGAGUAGCGAGAGGUAAGGGAAGACAGCAACCCAGGUUCCAAGUGGAGUACACUGCCCUGCCACGAGGCUUAAAACCCAGAAUAAAGCAAGAACCUGAUUCUGAUCAUUCAUAUGAUUUACAUAAGAGUGAAUCUGAAGAUGGUCACAUCAGUAACUUAGGUUAUGAAAGUGGGUUAAUUGUUCAGAUGAGCCCUAGUUGUAAUGCUUCAGAGACUGAUAUAGAUGAUUUUGACAAUUAUGAUAAUGGAGAAGAUAUAUUACCACUUCAGCUUCACUCGGCUCCUACAGAUAUGAAUGCUAGACUGACUUCACUUGAAAUUUGGAAAUAUCUCACAGAAUAUGCCUCAGAAUAUAAUAGAGUUCAAGGUAUGAUAACACAGUUUAAUAAUGAAAGUUGGUUAGAGGUUAAGAGAAUGUCUGAUUUUUAUCAUGUAGAUGGUGAAGUAAUGAUAGAUAUAUCAUUUAAAGCUGUGUACAGGAAUGACCCUUCUGUCACUUAUUUCUUAAGAGGGUUUAGCCGAUUAAUACGAACAGGGGAGCUUGCCACAGCCAAUGAUAUCAACCACUUGUUCCACUGUCUGUCUCGUGACCGAAAGCUGUGUCUUGGCUUGAAGCCGUCUCCCUACCAACCAGAUAUUGAAACUAAUGAGCAAGUCAGGCUCUACUUUAAACAGAAAGGCCAGUUUGUUUCAACCCCAUUUGAAAGUCUCUUUUCCAAAGUGUGCCGAGGGAUUGUAACUGUCAAAGGUAAUCCACGCUCUACCACUUUUACUCGAGGUUCCAAAAGUGUGCUGGGUGUGCAUGCUCUGUGUAGUGCCUGUGCAAUGCUAGGUAAGAAGAUGAACCAACUCAUCAAAGCCUUCCCCAAAAAUGGUGCUGCUUUGAAGAGUGAGGCUUCAGAUGAAAAGAUUGGUGAAGAUAAAUAUAACAAACAACUCUUUGGACAGUCAAUCAAGAAAAAGGGAGCACAACUGAGCAGCAGUGCUAUUCGGCAGAUUUUUACCCAGAGUGUUAUGGAAGUUCUCUCUGCUAAAGUUCCAUCCAGAUUCUCCAGUAAUCAAGAUGAAAUUGAUUUGAAUGAGGAACUUACAGUAAGGGGCAAACGGAAAAAGGUAAAAAAGAGAACCAGUGAAGAAGGGGAUGAAGAGGAGGAUACAAGACCCAGUGUUGGUUGCACAGAGGAGGAGUUUUUGCAAAUGAUUGAUUUACGGCCACCAAAUCCUGGUAUUUUAGCAAGAUCAUUAGUAAAGAGGUGUAAUGUGUGUCAGUUUCGUGCCCCUACCAUGUUGGCUCUCUUUUCUCAUAUGCAGGGACAUAUGGGUACAUUAAAGGAAAAGUGUGGUGAUUGCCAAGUUCAACUAUCCAGCAAGGAAGCACUUGAAACUCACAGAAAACAAAUGCAUACUCAGCGUUCCCCCAUGUGCACUAUAUGUCAGUUAGACUUUACCACUAAAGAUCAGCUUUUUGAUCAUAUGAAUAAACAUCGUGAUCACCAUCCAUUUGAGUGUCCAUUUUGUGACCAUAAACUAACGAAUAUGGAUGCAUACAAAAAACACGUGAGAUUAACACACAAAAUAAAAUCUGUCAGAGACUUGAAAUAUGCUUGCAAGACUUGCAAUAUUCACUUUUACACUUUGGAUCACUUACUUUUACACCGUGUUAACCAGAAUCAUGAAGAUAUAGAUAUGUUUAAUUGUAAAGCCUGUGGUUCUUCUAGUGUUACAGCAAAUGAAUUUCGUAGUCAUAUUUUAGAACAUAGUGAAGAAGAAAGAGAAGCAGCUAAUGUAGCAAUAUGUUCACAGUGUUACAAAGUUUUCUUUUCAGCAUUUAAAUUAAAAUUCCAUUUAGAUACAAAACAUAACCAAGGAAAAAAGGAACUGGAGUCAGUUCAAAUUGAAACAAGUUCUAAUGAACCACCAAAGAAGAAAAAGAAUAAGGGACCAUACUUACGAUACCUACGGGCCAAUGAAAAAUAUGAGUGUUAUAAAUGCAGACGAAGAUUCAAAACUCGUGAAACCUUGGAAAAUCAUGUAAAGUUCUCUCAUGGUGAAAAGAAAGUGACAAAGGCAGACUGUGAGUGUACCCAAUGUGGUCGCAAAUUUAAUGCUCUAAGAAGGCUGGCCAAUCAUAUGAAAAUUCACUUGGGCAACAGGCCUGUUUUUCAGUGUGAAGAGUGUGGCCAGAUUUAUGGUAAGAAGAUUCAAGUGCUGGAGCACAUCCGCACAGACCAUGCUGAGCAAGUGCAACUACAUCAACAACAACAAGAGCUACUUCAGUCCAGUCAACCUGCAGAUCACUUGGUGGAUAUUCAAGAGCAGCCACAGCACCCAGUUAUUGAGGGAACAGCUACAGCCUCCUGGAGCCCUAUAAAGAGCCCUUUCAAAGUUCCCACUGUAGAACAAACUCAGGAGGCAGUGUAUAGUCUUCUACAACUGACAGAUUUUUAAUUGAAAUACUGUACUCUUUUUUUUUUUUUUUAAUUGCCUCGGUGAUAGUACUGAAAAUUAGCAAAAAUUUGGUGUCGUACUGGCAAUUAGAAAGCAAGUAUAGUACAGUACUGUAUUUAGUUAAAUAAUUCUGCAUUAUUCUUUGUGUUUUAAUGAAAUAUAAAUGAACCCUGCAUUACGAAUACCAUGCUCCAAUUUUUAUGCAUAAAUAUUAAAUUGUGAGGCUGAUAAAGGUAAAAAAGUGAGAGCUACAACGAUUCUUAAACUGUGCAAUAUCGGUGGAAGAAAUAAAAAUUUUCAGGUACAUAGUGAAGUGGAAGAAUAUUAUACAGAAUAAAAACAUUGGAAAGUUUAAUGGUUCAAAUAUAUUAAAUUGAAAUAGGUAAAUUACUGUACCAGGUAAUGUAAUAAAUUGAAGAUUGCUGUGGAAAAGAUAAAAAAAAAAAAAAUAAGCAUGCAUUUUCAGAUGAACAAUAGACCCUGUAUAAAAACACAAAAUGUGUGUGGAAGUGGAGUUGUCAGUAUAGGUUUUGCUUAAAGAAAGUAAUAAUUUAACAGUAGAGUGUAGUACUGUAAAGGUAUUUGCUGUGUUCAGCAUAAGUUACUGAUUCUCAUAUUAGACUUUAAAUUAUAUAGAUUAGAUUAAAUUAGUUCAGUUAUUUUAUUACAUUUUUGUCAUUCUAUAUUUCACAACACAGCCUGAAGGUUCUUUGGAAAAUAUAAAGCUAGACAGCUAUACUGGACUAAGGAAUAUGUUUAAGAGGCAUACACAAAGAAAUCGUCUGUAUUGGAGCAUAGCUGAGAAAGUUGGUAUACAUUAUCAUAGAGGUCAGAUACAGAUGACUUGACCAAAAUAAGAGUCUCAUAUUAAUAAUAAGUGUUUGAAGAUCUCUUCAGAUAAAUAUUAUGAACAGUUUUAAAUUGUAAGAUCACAUGAUCAUCUCAUAUGAAGACCUUACUAUAGCAGAACCCCCUCAAGAGUUUCACCUGUGGGGGCUCACCAACAACUCCCUGGGGUCGAUGAAGCGUUACCUCGGCCCCCUCCUCCUGCUUCUAUUCAGGCAUUGUAUAUGCAUUCCCCUCAAAAUUUUGCCUUGUCAUGAUAACUGCUCACUCCCUGGGCUUUUGGGGGUUGCCACAACUUCCCCUUUUCUGUGGGGCCUCUCCCAAAGACUUGCAUCUUCAUUGUUGAACUUUAUACAAUUUUGUAUGCUCUUCAUCAGCUACUUUUCUGAUGUCACUGUUCCUUUGUCAUUGUGGUUGACUCAUACAGUGCCCUCAUUGAUCUUGAGUCGUUUAACCCUUGCAUCCUUUGGUCGUUGAAAUCCAAUAUUGGCUGUUUCUCAUCUAGCAUUUUUAAGACAAUUGAGUUUUGCUUGGGUUCCCAGCCUCCUUGGUAUUACCUUGAAUGAAAGAGCAGUCACUUACACUAAGGAGGCCAUCUGCACUUGUCCUAUCUUCCAAUAAGGCAUUCCUUAUUCCGAUUUCUACCCAGUCAUUCUUCAAUCUUUAACCAUUGGCAGUGUCAUUGGUUACAGGUAACUGGGGUUACUUUGCACUCUUAAGAGGCCAGAUCCUUGAUUUCUCAACUUUUCUCAAACACGCUCAGAUUUUUUGUGCAUAAUCUACAUGGUAAAUGCUCCAAAUUUUUCCAGUGGAUCAAUAUCACAACAUGAACAGGAAAACAAACACAAAAAUUUAUUUUUAAAACAUUGAAAAUUUCACACUUUUAAAUCAAGUUCACAAAUUUAAUAUUUCACCAUUUUUAUUUUAUUCAUUUUGGGCUUAGAAUGCCAUAUAACGUUCAUUUUCAUAAAUAUAGAAUCUAGUUUGAGAGUAUAGUUUACUGUAAAAAAAUUCAACGUGACCUUCAAAAUGUGCACAAAAUUUAGACACAAAAUAUGUGUACAGUAACUCCCUAAGUUAUGGGUUUAUGAAUAAACACUUUUAAGGAUACCAUAGAACCAAGAACUUUGCACACAUGUAAAAAUGGUGAGAAUCGAUCGGAAACAAAAUUUUUGAAGGUGUCUCAAAAUUUGUGUGAAAUUUUUCCCUCCAGGAGGCACUCAGCAAUCCUAGAAGGCACCAGCUGUAUACCCACUUUGUGGACCCUCCUUACUAUUACUUACUACUACUAUUGUUCUUUGUACAUAGGACAGGUGCUUGCAUCUCUUUAUCAUUAUCCAAGAGUUACACUAACUAGGUGGUGUUAUUGUCAUCAUAAUUACCGGUUGCGCACUUUUUUUUUUUUUAAUUAAUUUAAAAUCCAUUUCUUAACAUGUGAAAAUUUGAUCCUAAUAACGCUGAUGCCAAAUAAUGUUAGAUUUGAUUAACAUUUUAUACGAUAUUUCAUAUUUGGACGAAUAUUUUGGAGGACCCCUGCCCCUUAAAGGUAACUUAUCCCAUUGUCCUUCCUCGUACCACCAAAAUAGAUGGUGGGAAAUGGCUCUCUCUAGGUUACAUAUUGGCCACUUGCUUGACUCAUGGGCAUGUAAUAUAAUACUGCCCUGCUCUUUAUUGUCCGAACUUCAGUGUUCCAUUUACAGUCGUGCACUUCCUUGUCGAAUGUCCUGAUUUUCAGGAUGAUAAUGUGUGUUGCUUUUCUAGUGUCCCUCAGGGUCAUUUGUCUCAAUAGUCUCCUUGAUGAAUACCAUGCUUUUCAUAUUGCUCACCUUAUGUCUAUGUGUUCUUGUAUUGGCAUCCUAAGUGAUAUUUGAAUACCCAGUGAUAAUGAUGGUGCUACAUAGUCUUCCCGGCUUGGUGCCUUCUUUUCAUUAGUACCUACUAUAGUUGUUGUUCAUAAGCAGCUAUCCAACUCUUCCUAGAAUGUCCUGCUUUUUAGGAUAUUUCAAAAUCUUGCUUUCCCAAUGCUUCUUUGCAUAUUCUGUCCCCCGAUAAAAUGCUUUGUGAAUCUGAUACCCUUGACAUUGCUCGUCUUGUCUUUAUUCUCUCAUAUUGGUAUCCUGCAUGGUAUCUAGGAAUUUUUUAAUAUUCUAUAUCAUGAAGGGUGCUAAAUAUCUUCUAAACUUGGCACCUUCUUUUGAUAAUUACUCAUAAGUCACUAAACGUAAAAUAUAUCAGCAGUUCCACAUUCCUAAAGAAAUAUUGUACAAAAAUAUUUUAAGAAUUGUAAUAUUCUUGAUUCAAAUAACUGUACAGUAUUGAUAAAAUAUGACCAUCCUUAAAAAAAAUUUCUGAAAGAUAUUUGGUAUAAAAAAAAAAAGCAGUAUGGUAGUCAAUUUUGUAAUAUAUUGGCAUUAGUAAAUUUUUUGACUUUUGAAGAUCUUUAAAAACUAGAAGACAUUAAAUUUAGUGAGUUUCUUAAGACUUCUGACCUGGGAACCUAAUUUAACUGAAGGUGUCAUCAGAAUGACACCUUCAGUUUGAAAAUAUUAUUACAGUGUGUAUAUUAAAAUAAUGUACAAAAAUAUUAUUAAUAAAAAUAAAUUCUGGUACUUGCCCAGAACAUGAAGUUAUACAGGGGUGUCUCAAAACUUGAACCAUAGGACAAAUAAAUUAUGAAAUUGGCUGUUAUUUAUUAUACUGUACAGUAUAUUUUAAGUGUUUUCAAUAUGUCCUCCAUUGUGAUUUUCUACACUAAUGCAAAUACUGUAAGCUAUUUACCCAAAUUUACCUGAGGGCCACCAUCUUUAGUAGCCUCAAUAGGGACAGGAGGCUAGAGGCUUAUCAAAACAUCCCAUCGUUAUUCCUGAGCGUUUUUUCCAGCUCGAUUUCGACUGAAGUAAUGUCUUGGCUUUGGUGAGUAGGUGAUUCCAUGGGUUUACUACUGUAUUUGGAUAAAAAAAACUUCCCAUUUUCUGGCCUACAGUGUAGCUAGUUGAGCUUGAAGCUGUUUCUCUUUGUCCUACCUUCUAAUUGUCCAUAUUUUUAAAGUUCUUUUGGGAUUUGACCUGUCCUGUCUAGUUUGUAGUGUUGUUAGUGCUAAGACUCAAAAUUUUUCUUGGCAUGAGAGUUGACCUAGUUCUGGGAUGAUUUUUGUGGCUCUGUUAAACUUUUUCCAAAAGUAGAUACUGUAUGUCCUGAGGGUAAGGUCUUCAUGCUUGGAUACAAUAGUCCUGAUCAGGGCACACCAAAGAAUUGUACAGCUGAAUAACCAUUUUCUUUUCCAUGAAGUUAAAGGUUUGUUAUAUUAUUCCUAAGGUUUGGUUGCUGGGGAGCAUUCAGUGUCUGGUGGAUCAUCAAACCUGGCCCUAAGACGGGUUUGUGGAGUAGAACAACUCCCAAAACCUUCUCUGGGUGAAUAACUCUUGGGGCUUUUUCUUUAUCAAUCUGCUGCACAGUUGUGUUGUUUUGCUAUUAUAAUGUGCAGUGUUAUGCCCUACAUGCAAGGUCUUGCAUUUAUCAAUAUUGAAAAGCAUUUGCUAGUUUACUGACCAUUUGUGAAGUUCAUAUAGAUCACUCUGCAAGGACUGAAUAUUGUUUUCACUUCUCACUUUACCAUAGAUCAUGUCAUCUGCAAAUUUGAUGUGAUUUGUGAUUGAGAUUUUCUCGGCUUGUAUGUCGUUAAUGUACAAUACAGUACUAAUAAAAUUAAUACAAAAAAUACAGUAAAAAAGGGGGUUGGCCCCAAGUUGGAACCUUGCUUUCUUUGUUUUAGCCAUUGUUUUAUCCAUUAUAGUAUUUUGCAUUUGAUUCUAUGUGCUUGCAGAUGGUAUGUAUGUCUUUAGUGUGGCACUUUAUCAAAAUCUUUAGAAUAUUCCAUGUACACUACCUCUGCUGGAAGUCCUUUGUCUGUAGUUGGUUACUGUUCCCAAAACUGUGAGUGAAUUAGUUUGGCAGGAUUUAUUUUUUUACAAAACCAUGUUGUGUUGAUUUUACAAAAUUAUACACUGAGAUGGUGAAUGAGUCUCUCCCUUUGGAUUCUCUCCAUGAGCUUGUAAGUAUGUGAGGUUAGGCUAAUUGGUCUGUAGUUUUUUGCUGAGCUUUUUUCCCCCCUCUUAAAAAUGUGAAUGGCAUUUGUAUAUUUCCAACCUAGGGGAAACUCUUCCAGCCAACACUUCUACAGUGAAUACUGUCAGGAGUGAUGGUGUUCCAAACUUACAGGAUACCCUGUACAUCAAUAAGUGCUUGAAAGAAACCAUGCAUAUUUAAUUACUGUAGGUAGAAUAUAAAUAUGAUAUUUAAGAAGAAAAUACAGAACCAAAAUAUCAAUGAAGAUCUUUGUCUGAGAAAUUGAGUUUUAAUUUAAGAAAGAAUAUUUUACCUACAGUGCUUUAGAAGUAUUUUUAACGGAAUCAUCUCUGUUGAUGGCAGCUCAAAUUACAUAAACAAAUAUAUAAAAUAUAUAUAUAAAGUUAUAUAUAUACAAAGUAUAUAUAAUUUUUUAAUAUACAGUACCAAGAUAUUAGUGGUUAGAAAAAGCUUCCAAUUUGAGUUUACAGUAUAAUUUUUCCCCUCUGGGGUUUUGGAGUCUUUGGCAUUUUUAGCUUUACAGUACUAGGAAAGUGUUUGUCAUAGACUUUGGGGCAAAAUUUUUAUUAUAUUUCAUAGUCUUCCUGAAAAGUGACUGCCUCGUUGAUUUACCAAAUCUACCCGAGUUUGUUGUGAUGAAUUCACAUAGGAAAACACACUUGCGUAACUAAAUCAGCUGAAACAGGCAGAAUUGGUGUGUUUUUGGUUCACCAAAAUAAAACUUUUAUACGGCAAAUGCAUGUAAUGUCACACAUUGAUGCAUAUAUUAAGAACACUUGUUUUUGUUAAAUUUGUCAAUAAUUUUUAGGGUAAAAAAUUUUGCUGUUAUUAAAGAUGUUAUGGCUCUAUGCUUGUGUAAGAAUUAUGUAUUUUUGAUGUUGUUAUAGAUGUUAUAAUAAUCUAGAUCUGUAUAUUGUGGGCAGUCAUUCUUAUAUAAACCAAUAAAAAUAUUGAUAUU